AUGGACAUAUAUAAUGGCUACUCCCACAUCGAUAUCCACCCUCAAAUUCUUCGUGAAACUGUCUAUACACAGGACGAAGAUGUUGGUCUGCCGGAUAACAGCACGGAGUCAUUGCAGCGAUUCCGAAAUAUGGCUCUUACCUACAAAACGGUCAAAUUUUUGCUAGGUUUGGGCCCAGUUGAUGUAUAUCUGUACCAUCCAGUCAACGUUCCGGCCCAGAUUGAGCGAAUUUUGUCACCACUUCCAGUGAAUCAACGACCACAAGUUCACUAUAUUGAUUUGAACAAGCCAGACGUACAAGAACAAUUACGACAAGUCACUCACGGGAAAAAGCUAUGGUACUAUCGACCGAAGUCGUAUAUGUUGCAACAAGACACACUGGUCAGUCCAGAUUUUGCGUACGCAAUCAACGACAAACGCUUCCUUCUACACCCAAACAUUCCGACUCCACAUCUAGAGAUGGCUAGCUUGCAAAGUGAGGACCUUAGCACCUCAGUCUUCAACACUAGGUCUUUGCCAUUUGUGGUCAAGCUUCGACGUUGCAGCGGGAGUCAAGGGACUUGGAUUGUCACUAGCGAAGACGAAAGACAAAUCAUGCUCGCUGCCAUGAAACAGUACAGAUCUCGCAGAGUAUCUGAAGUCCAGAUAUCAGACUUUAUACAUUCCACGCAACCUCAUUAUUCUGUGAACUUUUUUAUAGGUGCGGCUGGCCCAUCCAAUGGAAGUACGACUGUUACUUUCCUCGGCGCCACAGAACAGAUCUUUUCCAAAACCGGACGCUGGGCGGGUGGAGUGAUUGAUUUUCAAUCACAGCAGAGUAUCAAGGAACAGCUGAUGGGUACGAUCAAUGCAGUGGCACGCACCAUGAUAGGUUCUUAUGUAGGCUGGGUGGGAAUUGAUGUCAUAUUCGAUGAGCGCCGUAAUCGGACAGUGGUUGUUGAUCUGAAUGCGAGAUUAACGGGCGGCUUCGUUUUAUGUUUGCUUUCGGGUCAUUUUAUGAAGGAAAGAGGCUUACCUUUUGCUCAGGCACAGAGCUUUCACUAUCAGGGUAAAGCGGCAGAUGUUUAUACUCUUCUAGCCCCGUUUGUUCAGACGGGACAAGUUGUCGUGGCUGCGGUUACGGAGACCCUUCCGAAUAACUGUACAACACAACUAAUAUUUGGUGGACAAAAUCGGGAUGAGCUUGCUAGUAUGAAGGAUAUCAUUCGAGAAGGAUUGGACCGCUGUCCAGAUAGUUUCAAUAGUUACAAUAUUAGUUCCGGCUUGGAGUGGUAG